GGAGGUGGAGGUGGUGGUGGUGGUGGUGGAGGUGGAGCCGCACAGGCGGCCCCGCCGCCGGUCACCAAGAAGAAGAGCGCGUACCGUCAGCAGAAGAUGGGCGCCGAGCACGUGAUGGAAGCGGUGACGGCCGCGAAGGAGCGGCAAGGGGCGGGUUUGGGAGCCGCCGCCAAGAAGAGCGCAGUAACGGCUUCGGUGUCCGAGGGGGAGAAGAGCCGAGGAGAGGGAGGAGGCGGCGGCGGCGGAGGAGGAGGAAGGACCGUGACGAAGGCCAUACCGGGCCGCGGAUUGAUGACACAACCGACGGCUGCGGGAGGAGGAGGAGGAGGCAGCGCCGUCGCGGUGACCGUCGCGGCAUCAGCCUCGCAAACGGCUCCCAAACCCCAGGCGCCGGAGGGGAUCGAGGUCAAGGAAACCGCCGGUACCGCCGCCGUCGUCUCCGCCGCCGCCACCGCCGCUUUGGUGACGGGAGGCGCCACCGCCACGAUGGCCGGCAAGAAGCGGGCGGCGGCGGUGAAGAAACCCGCCGUCAAGAAGAAGAAGCCGAAACAGGCGCCGGGGAAGGCGGCGGCGGCGGCGCACAGGAACGCCAAGAAGCUGAAGGCGGCCAAGAAAGCGGCGGGAGUCGCGGUCUCGGCCGAUGCCGCCGCCGCCGCUGCAGCUGCUUCGGCCGCGGCGGCGACUGCUAACCGGAGCCCCAAGAAGGGCAGAGCGACGGCGGUCCGGGCCAAGAAGGCGGGAGCCAGGCGGCAGGUGGCGAGCAAGUCGGUGGGGCGUAAGGGGAGGGCGCCCCGGAGGCGCUGAUGACAAAGAGGAGAACGGUCACAAUUAAUUAAUAUAAAGUGAAAUUAAAAUGAAUUAUUUUCACUUCUUUCCCCUCUU